AUGAACGGCAAACACAUCCCAGGCUUUUACUGGGAUCCCGACAAAAAGAAGUAUUUCCGCAUUCAGGCAAACCAUGUUGCCCCUACUGGGUCGCAGUAUUCCAGAGAAGCUGUCAAGAAAAGGAAGCUCGACAACGAAGAACGGAAGCGUAAAGCUACUGUUGGUCGACGCAUACGAAGAGAACGAGUGCAGACACCCCGGUGUCUGACACAUAAUGUUACCAGACUGGCUGCAGAGGUAGGCAAUAGACCUGUGCCUGGGUUUGUAAAGAAGUCUCAACAAGGAGGCAUUUACGCUAGCCAACUUCAGCGGCGAAAUAUCUGUUCUAUGGAUGGGCUGGUGCCUAGCGAUUCCGGGUCAAUGGCUGACUUCGUCCGCCAUGGUGCAUCUGGUGUUCUUGUCGCUGGAAUAAAUAGCGGAGGUUCAUGCAAAAUUAUCUAUCGUCUAUAUCGAUGUGCGACUCAGGUCACUUCCUCGGCACCUAACGACGAAGUCAGAGCUACUAUGGAUAGCGGAAGCAGAGGAGAAUCAACUUUAGGCAUCGGUUUUCUGAAUCAGAUGAACACCAUGAAUGAAGAAGGUUCUUGGCAUAAUCGUCUAAGUCGCAUAGAGGACAGUGCGACCCUCUGGUGUUCCGCAGCUCGACCUGAACCCGAUAAUCCUCUUUUCGCAAUCGGAACGUCCGACGGUCUCUACACCGUGGCCGUCAACCCAGAUAGAUUGACGCUUACACGAGCACAUAUACCAAUACCCCAAAAGUCUGGGGGACGGAGGAAUUUUAGUAAUAACAAACAAAUCUCUGCGAAUUCCAUGAAUUUAAUUUCAGUGGAAUGGCUUUCCGAAACGGUUAUAGCGUCUGGGUUCAGGAAUUCGUCUUUGUAUCUGAGUGAUUUGCGCAGCAACGGACAUAGCAGGCGAAUCAAGCAUCCGCACCCAAUUGAACAGAUCAGAAAGAUCGAUGAUUAUCGACUUGUCUGCGCGGGUUAUGAAUCGCUGCAAAUGUACGACCUACGGUAUCCGAACACUGAAACUGUAGGAUCAAAACAACACCGCCAUGGCAUGUGUACUACUUCCACGAAACCGUAUCUCGUCUUUGAUGAUUAUAUGCGCCAAAUAGGACACAAGAUCGACAUCAACCGGGAGCUGGGUUUACUUGCCGCUUUGACCAAUAACCACAAUAUCCAACUCUACUCGCUUGCCGAUGGAUCUGUUGUUCCCUCUGCAUCGUCAUUAUUAUCACCUCAGUUCCCUGACGGAGGAAACGUUUGCCGCAUCCUUUUCGAAGAAUAUGAAUACCCUAUUCAUCAGCAACAGGCGCCGCGCUUGUUAUUUUCCAGGGGACAAACCAUUCAGGAGUUGGGGUGGUGA